UCACUAUUUUUUUCCCCCAAAAAUUGCGCUCUCUUCUCUCAUAGUUGCUUUCGCUUUCUUCUUAUAGGGGGUGGCCACCGACAGCUUUUGGUGAUCGGCGUCAACCCAUUUUAAUGCUUUUUUUCUUUUUUCCCGCAGUUUGCCUUUGCUUUGGGUUGAUUUCAUUGGAAAUUUCCAGUCAUUUUCUCUCCUUUUUAGCCGUUGUAGCCUUCCAUCUCCAUCUCCAGUUGAGCUUGUCUCUUCGUUUCGUUUUUUAGGUUUACCAUUUCAGGGCUUGCUCAUCGAGGGCGCUGGAGUUUGCAGCUUGGGAUCCCAAUUUGAUAUGUGAAAUGGUUGUUUUCUAUGUUUCAGUGGGUUCAGCUUGAAAAUCUCUUAAUCCUAAAUUCUUCAAAUUAAAGUAAAUCUUGUUAUAGUUUUUUUUUUCAAAUUCAUGUGUUUCUUGUUCAUAACUUCAUAAGCGACGAUUGAUACCGUGUUGACAUGAAUCGCAUUCACGAAAUGACAAUUAUGAGACGAGUGCAUUAAAUGCGCAAAAAAAAAAAAAACAGAGUGCACAGAAUACACCACCGUAUAUAUAGAUGUAUCUAUAAUCUGCUAUGCAUAACAACCAAAUUAAAAACACAGGGGUUAGAGUUGUAGCUAUAUACACAGGUAUUUACCACUAAAAAAUCACUCAAGACCACAUUGAUUAUGUUCAAGUAGUGGUAGUGAUUUAUAAGGCCAACUUAACCAUGUUAAUUAAAUUGGUUUAGGCUCGGCCUAAAUAAUGGUAUUUUGGGGGGAUUUUUCCAGAAAUAGCUCCUUUAAAAAAAAUUACAAAAAUAGCACCCAUCCGAAAAAAUUUACACUAAUAGCACCCUUUUUAAUGGACCGCACCUUAGAGGUGUGUUUUAUAUGUAAACCGCACCCUAAGGGUGCGUUUUACUCAUAAACAGCACCUCUAAGGUGCGUUCCAUAUUCCUGGAACAAAACCGCAUCUUGGCCAAGCGGUUUUAGGUCUGACCUACAGAAACCGCUUGGCCGAGGUGCGGUUUUGGCCUGACCUAUCAAAAUCGCAUCAUGAAGGUGCGGUUUGUUUCUCCCAAACAAAACCGCACCCCCAAGGUGCAAUUUUGCCAUACAAACCGCACCUAGGAGGUGCGGUUUAGGUCAAUCAAUUUCCGACAAGCUGAUGACUCGAUAUUUGCACAUAUUUUCCCCUAUGUUUCUUGAUCGUUUGAGCUUUAAUUAUCGCGUCUUUGGCCUAUUUUACGCUAGGUUGUGUUCCUUUGUCACAUUUCAGGUCCUAGCACAUAAAGUGAAGCAUAGGCGCAAGUUUCAAGUCAAUCAGAGAUCAAUUGGCGAUUCGGGGGAAGAAACUCGGGCAUGACCUCAAGAAGAAUGGAUUCCUACCUCACUCUAAGGUGCGGUUUUCAUCAGUGAUUUUGCCUAUAAAAGGCCUCCCAGAAAACCACUUCUUUUCACACCUCUCCUUCUCCCUUUUCAAUUUUUUGUUGUAGCUCUAUAUUUCUUUAGUAGUUUUGCGAUUAACGUUAACUCGUAAGUUUAUUUAGUAUUACUUUUUAUUGUUAUUUUUUAUUUUUAUGAUGUUAACUGAACUACGGUUUUAUCGCAGAUGGCAUUCCAAAAGUUCACGCUAGGCUUACGGUGGAAUGGUUACACGGAAGAGACCGGAAAGGGGGUCACCUACGUUGGUGGCAAUUUUUAGAAGAUAAAGGUCGCUACCAGACCGCUGCUUGAAGACCUCCAUCAAAUGUGCACUAACGUUACUUGCAUGGAUGGCACGAGAAGAGUUGAUCGCAUGGUGUACCGAUAUCCAAACAGAGAAAGUGGGUCAUUGUGGCAUGAGGAAUAUCUCAUAACCACUCAGGAUGAGGUAGAUGCCAUGCUCGAAUUCAUGAGGUCCAAAAAUCUUUCCAAAGGCGAGAUGUUCGUUUACACCGAGCCGGUCGUAAGCGUUGGAGGUCAUUCUGGACACGGUCAAACAUCUGGUAUCCAUGGUGGAGGUGAAUUAUAUGGCGAUCAUCCCUACCAAAGUUACCAUGAUCCUCAUUCAUAUUAUCAGUACCAAGAGCAAGGUGAAGGUCAUCAUCAAUCUUUCCCGUCAUACCAAGAAGAAGUUCAACCGGACCUCCCCAACCAACCUCAGUACAACUUCCACUCAGGCAGCGGUAGUUUUCACAACUACCAUUAUGGAGCUGAUGAAGGUGCCUUUCAUGAGCUGGAUCAGAUAAAGGAUGCCCUGCCAGCACCAAUCAGUGACCCCUCCGAUGAAGAAGGAGAGAACAACGUUAGUGCAGACAGCUCCAACCCUCUUGAAGGUGCUGAUGAUUCAGGACCAGAGUCAGACUCAGCUAAUGAUGAUGAGGUGGCUCGUGACCGUGUACCAGUCCCCUACUACAAUCACAUUCCAGACGACAAUUGGAUGGUCGAUAGCGACAUGGAGCCGCCAGAGGUCCCAAUAUGGGGUCCACUCACUGGGUUUAUGAAGGGCCAACAAUUUGGCUCGAAGAAGGAGGUGUCGCACGCCAUUGAGACAGAAGCAAAUGACUCGGCAUUUUGAAUGGCACACAACUCAUUCCAACACUAAAAGGCUCAUAGUCAGAUGCCGUAAUUAUCACGAGGGGUGCAAUGUUAGGAUUCGGGCCAUCAACAGCAAGAGACACGGCCACUGGGUCAUAUCCCGUGCGGUGAACACACACACAUGUGUGUCAUCCAUAACUUCCCAAGGCCAUCGACAGUUGAAAUCCAGGGUGGUUGCUGCGGCUAUCAAGCCUCUAAUUGAGCAAGAUCCAGACCUGAAGGUGAAAGUCAUAAUCGCUGACAUUGCAAGUCGUUAUGGUUAUAUGAUUAACUAUAAUAAGGCAUGGCAUGGAAAGUAGAAAGCUCUGGCCGCCGUCUUUGGUGAUUGGGAAGAAUCAUAUGCAUUCCUUCCCAGGUUAAUUUUGGCAUUGGAGGCGUCUAACCAUGGCACGGUUUUCUCCCCUCGAUACCAAGAUGAAGAGAUACAACCCCCAGAGCCAUGUAACAACCGCCAUUUCAGACGACUUUUUUGGGCAUUCAAGCCAUCUAUUGAUGGUUUUGGCUUCUGUGUCCCUGUCAUCCAAGUGGAUGGUACAUUCCUUACCGGCAAGUACAAGGACUUUCUCCUGAUUGCCAGUGGGGCGGAUGCAAAUAGACAAGUCUUUCCUUUAGCCUUCGCCAUCGUUGAGGGAGAGAAUGUUGAUAGCUAUGGAUGGUUUUUCCGGCAAAUUCAGCUCCACGUCACUAGGAGGAUUGAUAACGAUGUAAAUGCACAUGUUUGCGCCCCAAGUUCUUAUCCGUUUGAGGAGUAUAGUCGUGUGUUUUGGCCUAUUUUACGCCGGGUUGUGCUAUUUUGUCAUGUUUCAGGUCCCAGGCGUUAAAGGGAAGGCUAACCGCGAGUUUCGGGGCAUUCGGAAGUCAUUUCGGUGAGCUGGAGCCAAAACACGGGCAGCCUAAGCCAUUACACGGCCGUGUACUGCUGGCCGUGCUUUUUAUGCCGAGAGCAAAUUUGGUUUGGCCAAUUCAGUUGCAAACACGGGCACCAAAACACGGCCGUGUUCCACCAAAGCACGGCCGUGUCCAACGCGAAGCACGGCCGUGUUUAACCCACUUGCUGGCCGUGUAAUUUAGCCUUGGCCGAGACACGGGCGGAGUCAGGCAAAGCACGGCCGUGCCCUCGACCGUGCUUUGGCCACUGAUGCUUUUAAGCAGAGUUUCAGCCACAAUUCAAGGGGAUUCGAGUUUUUGAGAGAGAGAUAAGUUCCUAGAGAGAGAAAGUGACGAGCAAGAGUUCCCAAGUGCCCUAGAUUGAUCUUCAACAUCAUUGGAGGCCAGCUUGAGCUUGGAGAAGUGCCGAUCAACGUCCAGAAGCAGGAAUCCAUCCUUCGCAUUAUGAAUUCCGUGUCUGAUUCUGCUUUUGCUUUCUUCUCCAUGGAGUAGUUCUCCCAUUCAUCUGGGUAUGGAGAACCCUAGAUUUGUAUGUUAGGCUUUGAUUGUAUGAACCCAAGUACUGAUUCUGUGAUUGAUUAUAUUCGAUUGAGGUUUUAAUGAUUGAAUGACUUGAAUCCUGAUCAAAUUCCUGUUGUUUCUGCUUUAACCUAGAAUGAGAAUAUCUGCCUAGGUUGAUAGAGCAUCCUUGAUUGAAGGUAGGGAGUUGGUGACUUUAGUCGAGGAGCCAACUCACUAUUCUGUACCGGAUUUACUCCGGUAGUGGAGGUUUUGUUCUUAGGGCCUCAAUCUGUCGACUCCGGUGGAGGUUAGUCGCCCGCUAGAGAGUCAGAUUGAGAGGGUCUGAAGACCUUUAGUCGAGACUUCAGGCUGUUUAAGAACCUUCCGCAGUAUAACUAUCAUAGAAACUGAACUUGGUAAUUACAAUCCGGCUUAACUGCAGUCUAGGGGGAACCAUAUCCGGGUGACCUCUUUAACCUGAAUACAACCGUUUACUUGCU